UCUAUAAACAGCUACAAAACAAAGUUGAGGGGAUCACUUCCGAGGAUUUCAAACAAAAAAUGGACCCUUUAGUUGAUAACAAAGUUGCGGGGAUCGAGUCCGAGGACAUCAAACAAAAGAUUGGCUCUUUAGAUGAUAACAAAGUUGCAGAGAUCGCGUCCGAGGACAUCAAACAAAAGAUUGGCUCUUUAGAUGAUAACAAAGUUGCAGAGAUCGCGUCCGAGGACAUCAAACAAAAGAUUGGCUCUUUAGAUGAUAACAAAGUUGCAGAGAUCGCGUCCGAGGACAUCAAACAAAAGAUUGGCUCUUUAGAUGAUAACAAAGUUGCAGAGAUCGCGUCCGAGGACAUCAAACAAAAGAUUGGCUCUUUAGAUGAUAACAAAGUUGCAGAGAUCGCGUCCGAGGACAUCAAACAAAAGAUUGGCUCUUUAGAUGAUAACAAAGUUGCAGAGAUCGCGUCCGAGGACAUCAAACAAAAGAUUGGCUCUUUAGAUGAUAACAAAGUUGCAGAGAUCGCGUCCGAGGACAUCAAACAAAAGAUUGGCUCUUUAGAUGAUAACAAAGUUGCAGAGAUCGCGUCCGAGGACAUCAAACAAAAGAUUGGCUCUUUAGAUGAUAACAAAGUUGCAGAGAUCGCGUCCGAGGACAUCAAACAAAAGAUUGGCUCUUUAGAUGAUAACAAAGUUGCAGAGAUCGCGUCCGAGGACAUCAAACAAAAGAUUGGCUCUUUAGAUGAUAACAAAGUUGCAGAGAUCGCGUCCGAGGACAUCAAACAAAAGAUUGGCUCUUUAGAUGAUAACAAAGUUGCAGAGAUCGCGUCCGAGGACAUCAAACAAAAGAUUGGCUCUUUAGAUGAUAACAAAGUUGCAGAGAUCGCGUCCGAGGACAUCAAACAAAAGAUUGGCUCUUUAGAUGAUAACAAAGUUGCAGAGAUCGCGUCCGAGGACAUCAAACAAAAGAUUGGCUCUUUAGAUGAUAACAAAGUUGCAGAGAUCGCGUCCGAGGACAUCAAACAAAAGAUUGGCUCUUUAGAUGAUAACAAAGUUGCAGAGAUCGCGUCCGAGGACAUCAAACAAAAGAUUGGCUCUUUAGAUGAUAACAAAGUUGCAGAGAUCGCGUCCGAGGACAUCAAACAAAAGAUUGGCUCUUUAGAUGAUAACAAAGUUGCAGAGAUCGCGUCCGAGGACAUCAAACAAAAGAUUGGCUCUUUAGAUGAUAACAAAGUUGCAGAGAUCGCGUCCGAGGACAAAAAACUUGCUGAUCUCUCGAUUAAAAAAAACAAACAGUUGUUGAUCACCUUAGAUGGUGUAACAAUAUUGGAAGCUACUUUAAAAGAUGUUAAACUUGCAUUGAUCUGCGAUAAAGAUGCUAACAACGAGUUAAAGGACGGAAAACUAUCUGAUGUCGGAAUAAAAAGCGGUAAAUCAUCAAAAGUGCAGUUUGAGAUGGCAGAAGAUUCUACUUCUAUUUCAAUAGGAAAUAAGGGUUUAAGUGUAGAAUCAGUAAAUUCUUCGGCUAAUAAUUCAAUAGAUACGCCAACUGAGAGCGAUACAGAACCCAUUAAGAUGGCCUUAAUUUAUUUUGAUGUAGAAACUUAUCAAUCGGAAGGUGGCUAUUUGAAUAGAUGGACAAGGAUGGAACUUUUUUUUGUCAAUAGCUAUUUUAUCAUAAUUGAUAAUUUACCCGGAAAAUCUAUGAUAGAUAAAUUUCAAUAUAUUGCAAAAAGAAUGUUUAAGAGAUUGGGAAUAGUGCGUACAUAUUCUGGUAUUAAAAACAUUUAUUAUCAAUUUUGGUAUAAAAAUAAUAACUAGUUUAUACUCAUAG